AUGGAGAACUCCAAGUUGCCAUUUGAACCUGUGAAACGAAAACCGCUGGCGGAAGGAAAUGAUAAGGUCAAAGAUGAUUCACUUUUUGUGGUUGAUGAUGAGAGUGAUGAUGAACCACAAGUGAUUGACAAUCUGCAACAUAAUGCUGGUCCAAGAGCCGACUCUACAUCCCCGGAGGCGCCUCCAGCUUCCGAACCUGAAACGUUACGUCUGGUAGACCAAGACGGAUACGACUUAUUCAAAAGUCAAUUGCUUGCUGUUGUUGGAAACAUGAAUAGUCGAUCUGUCUAUUAUUUGUAUAGGAAAUACUUUAACCAACCAAAUUACCUUAAUCUUGCGACAAAUGAGUAUUUCAAUGGAAUCAGCAUCGAUGACAUGAGAAAUUUGGAAGAAGAGGAUUCUGAUUUCAAGGCUAAGGUCGAAGCAGAUGGUCAAAUAGACGAUGUUGUGGAUAACUUGUUUGAAAGAAUGAAAGAUAUAUCCCAAACGGAAAAAUUAGCACUUAGCCAGAAGCUGUGGAGUAAAUACAUAGGAACUAUUACUACCUAUGCAAUGGCAACAAGACCUAUUAUGAGACCCUUACAGUAUAGACAGAAACUCCAAAUAAAAAGACUCGGAUCUAAACCAAGUUCAAAAGACCUGGAUAAUACAUUGAUAAGAGUCUUCACCGACGAAGACCGACCUCGUGAGAUUGGCCGGUUGGCCCAGGAUGUGACUAAUAUGUUGGGCCCAUGCUUCGACUUGAACAUAGCUGAUUUUGAAUGCACGGUGAUGGUGGAGACUAGUAAACGACUCUCCGUCGGUGAUUCCUUUUAUCUUUCCAUAGAUUGUUAUUUAAAACAUAUGGCAUUCAUUAACUAUAAUGACGAAGGAAUUUCUCAUAUUCAAGCAGAAGAGGCAAUCAAGGACGUUAAAAGACAAAAAAAAGAUGGGACUAGGGUUGGCUUCAAUUUUGCUUCAGAAACCAGUGGUGAAAAAGUAUUGAGAUUAAAACAAUAUGCCUUAUCCAGAUUGUUCGAUCGUCUUAACAUGAAAUCAAUCGAGCAGCAAAAAGCUUCUGUUGAAAUAGUUCCAGAAUCACAACCUGUACUUGAUAACGACAUUGUAUCUGCUGUUACUCAGACCCAAGACGAAGAAAAUAACGAAGCAAAACUUGAUUUGGACCAGUUACAAGAGUUUUAUCUGGCUAAUCAACAAUCAGAAUAUUUGAAAAGUCUUCCCGAAACUACAGUUCCUCCAAAAGAGAAUUUUCGUUUGGAGCUACGUGAUUAUCAAAAGCAUGGUCUCUCCUGGAUGUUGGUUCGUGAAAAAGAGUUUAAGGUAUUAGAGGAGCUCUCCACCGACAAAUCCUCCGGUGAAGGAUUAUCAACUCAAGCAAGAUCUACAAUCAAAGAAAAUGAGAAAGGUAUUAUGAAUCCUUUAUGGAAGACAUAUACCUGGCCCGCAGAUACUUCUUAUAGGGCAGAGAAGCUAGGUUCAGAAGUGAUAGAUGGUAUCUCAUCAGAGUUAGAUUCUCAUUUCUAUGCAAAUUUACAUAACGGAGAACUAUGCUUAGAAAAACCUCUUUUGAAAACUUUGGUAAGAGGUGGAAUAUUACUGGAUGCUAUGGGUUUAGGUAAAACAGUAGCUGCCACCUCUUUGAUUACCUCGGUACCAUAUGAUUCAAAUGAAGAUGAUGAAAAUCCUACUCGUGGUUACGCUUCAAAGACAACUUUAGUUGUCGUUCCAAUGUCUUUAUUAUCUCAGUGGAAAAGUGAAUUUGAUAAAGCGAAUAAUAAUCCAGAUCAUCAGUGUCUCAUUUACUAUGGGGAUCAGGUUCAUUCAGAUUUAGUCCCAAUACUCUGUGGCAAGAAAAAGAAAACUCCUAUAAUGAUGGUAACAACAUAUGGUACCAUACAGCACGAAUAUCAAAGAUUGAACAAACUAAGAGAUAUGUAUGGGAAUUUGCCCCAAAUCGGAAUAUAUUCAGUCAAGUUUUUCAGAAUCAUUAUUGAUGAGGGACAUACCAUUAGAAAUAGAGCAACAAGAACUGCCAAAGCUAUUCAUGAAUUACUGCUGAGCCGUAAGUGGAUCUUAACUGGUACACCUGUUAUAAACAGAUUGGAUGAUCUUUAUUCUUUGGUCAAGUUUUUGCAGCUAGAGCCUUGGUGUAAUUUCUCCUAUUGGAAAACAUUUAUUACGUUACCAUUUGAGCAAAAAAAGUUUAGUCAGACUCUAGAUGUGGUUAAGUCUGUCCUUGAGCCAAUAUUUCUUAGAAGAACUAAAGAUAUGAAGGGCAAGGAUGGUAAGCCGUUGAUCGAGUUGCCUCCUAAAGAGGUAACCAUAGAAACAAUUAAGUUUAGUACUCACGAAGAAAACCUUUACAAUUAUUUUAAAUCAAGGGCCAAUCAAUCUUUCAAAGAAGGAAUUGAAUCUGGUAAUUUACUUAAGAAAUAUACUCAAAUUUUGACACAUAUUUUAAGACUUCGUCAAAUAUGCUGUCAUCCGGACUUAGUUGGAAGUACUAGUGAAUUAGAAGAAAUAGAGUCUGCCGAUAAACCGGAUUUGGAAUCAAUAGAAGCAAUGCAUGGUGGUAGUCUAACUAGUGAAGAGGAUAUAAACAAAUUCCCUUCACAAGUGGAAAUGCGCAGAGUAAUGUAUUCGUUAUAUCCUAAAGUGAAUUUGACGGAUGCAGAGUGCAUGAUAUGUACGCAAUCUCCAAUAAACCUCGGUGAGCUUAUAAUCACCGAAUGUGGGCACGAGUUUUGCUUCAACUGUAUACUAGAGCAUAUUGACUUUCAACAAAAGAAUAAAAAGGAUCCUUUUUGUCCAGCAUGUCGAGGCCCGAUUUCCAAAUAUAAAUUAUUCAAACUUAGAAAUAAAGAAACCUCAUCGAAGAAGAUAAGAUUUGUUACGAAAACUCAAAGUGAAGGGGAUCCAAGUGAGUCGUAUCCUUUUGCUCUUUACCUUUAUGACCCUGAUAAGUCAUCAUCAAAAAUUGAAGCUUUGCUUCGCCAUCUAAAAUCCUUGCAAGUCCAAAAUCCUGGAGAACAGGUUAUUGUAUUUUCACAGUUUUCGUCAUAUCUAGAUUUAAUUGAAAAUGAAUUAAGUUUAUAUGAAGAUUUUAUCGUCUAUAAGUUCGAUGGUCGAUUGAAUUUGAAUGAACGAGAAAAGUUACUUGACAAAUUCAAGAACCAUUCGCAGGAUUCGAAGAAUGGCAAGGUCAUUAUUCUCUUAUUAUCCUUGAAAGCAGGAGGUGUUGGGUUAAACCUAACGACCGCCAACAGGGCUUUUAUGAUGGAUCCAUGGUGGUCUCCUAGCAUUGAAGACCAAGCAAUUGAUAGAAUCCAUAGAAUAGGUCAAUCUCAAAGUGUCAAAGUCAUAAGGUUUAUUAUUGAAAAUACGAUUGAAAAUAAAAUGCUAAAGAUUCAAGAGCGUAAAAGAAAAAUGGGUGAAGCGGUUGAAGUUGAAGAAGAAGAGAGAAGGAAAAGAAGAAUCGAAGAAAUUCAGUUACUAUUCGAAGAAUAA